ACUACCCUCGAGCAGACCCCGGGAAUUCCCUCUCUCUCUCUCUCUUUCGCUGGUAGCCUUCAUACGACUUUCGACGACGCUUCCCUGCUGAUCUCUCUCUCUCUCUCUCCCCCUCUUCCUCUCCGACUAUUCCCUGUGAAUUGCAACGAAAGGAAAUAAGGAUGGGUUGCGGAAUCAUCACGUACGUGCAGAGGAAGAUCUACUUGUACAAUGUCACCUUCGGCCUUUACAUGCUCGAUUGGUGGGAACGCUACCUCUUCAACACAUUAAUCGUGGUUCUCCUGUGGUUUAUCUGUUACAAUGGAUCACGCUCCGCUGCAGAACUUUACAGAAGCUUUCUUGGCAGGCAUUAGGUCUACCAGAAAUUUUGAAGAUUAUAUGUGCAGGCCUAUCAGGUGUACUUCAACCAUGUGGGCAACUCAAAGCUUUGUGUUUUGAUUUUGUUGUGGAGGGCCAUCUCUGGGGUUCUACUAGUAAUUUUACCAGCACAGGGUCGAAGCUUUCAUUUUGCUUUUCUGUACUUAGGCAUUCUUUAGGUUAUGGUAUCUAUUUAAACUUGUGAUGCCCAACAAAGUCUUAGUCUCAUUCAAUCCGCUUAAAGGUCAAGCAGCUCUUAUAUGUGCCAAACCUCUUAAUAUGUUUGUUACUUUUCACUAUUUGGAUAUUUGAUCAGCCACUAUUCUGUUA